UCGGUGUGAGGGAGAGCAGUAAAAUAAUUUUUUAUUUAGUUUUUCAUUACAAAGAAGCAUUUAAUUUUGUACAAAAAUGAGUGAAAGCACGAACCAAGACGACUCUCUACCGGAAAAACAUGAAGAAACGACAAAUCCCGCGACAGAAACUGCCUCAGAGACAAAAAAUGACGAGUUCAAGGACAACAACGAGGUCGCCGCAUCUGCAGAUGACCUUCCCGUAGAUAGUUUAUUGCAACAAAUUGUCGACAAAUCACCCGAAGCCAAAGAAAACGCGUCAACGAAUGCCGAAAAUGCACAAAUUGCAACAAAAAAUGAUGAUCAAAGUACAACAAAAGCCCCCGACUCGGAAGAGACACAACAACAAUCAACCCCGUCAGCAGCGAAUAACUCGUUAAGUUUGCUCGCACAAUACGACAGUCAAGACUCGAGUUCGUCGAGCGAUGAAUCUGACACCGAAUCCAGCGGAAUGGAAGUCGAUAGUGCCGAUAGUGAGAGUUCCUCGUCGUCUUCGAGCGUAAAGUCCUUGGAAGCGAUAAAGAAGAAAAUUGACGAGUUUCAAGAUGAUGAAGAGGAUGACGAUGAAACGGGCGAAAAGAAGAACCAAGCUCCGAUCAAAGCGAUUGGGGAACUUGGCAUUGAGGAUCUCCCGCCAAUUGAAGACUUGUAUAUUACCGUGCCAGAAAAAGAGUGCAAUUUAUUAGGAAAAAUCACGUCAAUUGUAGAUCAAUUAGUUUUAGUGGAAUCUUUGCCAAAUGUCGUUCCUCUCGAUCUCGAUACAAUUUUAUUUUUGGACAAAGGUCAACGUGCUUUGGGAAAAGUUUUCGACGUAAUGGGGCAAAUCCAUUGUCCCAUCUACUGCGUUCGUUUCAACACAAAUCAAGAAAUCAUCGACAAAGGCAUCCAAGUUGGGCAAGACGUUUAUUGCGCACCUUCCGCUCCCUGCACUCAAAUUGUCAUCUUGCCCGAACUCAUGAAGCACAAAGGCUCCGACGCCAGUUGGAAGAACGACAUCGAACCGCCUGCUCGUUUCAUCGAGUAUUCCGACGACGAGGAAGAACGAAUGGCAAGUCGAGCACGUCGCGCAACCCGAGAACAAACGAACGGCACAGAAGAAUCGCAUUCGCAACACAUUCCGUCGCACCAUCGAAACGGGCAUCCGGGCAAUCACACGUACAAUCGAGCACGUCGCGGAGGCGGAUCCGGAGGAAAUUCGCAUCAUGCAAGCUUCAAUUAUCCUCGUCCCAAUCAUCAUCAUAUGCCGAUGCCGAAUCACAUGCACCAUCAACCUCAAUAUUAUUAUCCGCCGCCCGGAGCUUCAGCAAAUGUUUAUCCGAAUCCGUUCGCACAGCAACAAGUCGAUCCGCGUUAUUACGUGAAUCCCUUUGCUUAUGCCCCAACCGUCAAUUAUCCGCCAUUUAAUCCAAAUUUGUUCUCUGGACCUCCGCCGCCGCCUCCUCCACAGAACUAAAACUCAAAUAAAAGUUGUCCAAUAAAAAAUUUAUUCAUUUA